AUCAUCAGCAUCAUCUUCAAAUUCUUGAUCUUUCUCAAUUCCAAUUUUUAUCCGUUUUUUGAACUGAAAAUUAUCGAUCGCAAAUUUUGUUUAUACAAUUAUUCCAAAGUCUCGAGAAGCAUUUUCCUGAUUUUACUUGACGACCUUAUUAAACAAAAGUGUGUUGAUCAAAAUCAGCUAAUAGGCAGUGUACAUAGGUACCUACUGUGAUAACUAAGAUGAACCAAAGCUACUUUUCACCUCGCUUGUUGGCCGGUGCAGCUAUUGUUGGUCUAGUUGGUGCCGCUGGAGUGUUUAUUUACGAACAAGUUUAUGCUGAAAAAAGAAGAGCCAUGCUAGUUAGUGAAGUCGCUAGGCUGGAUAGACAAUUGGCUUCCUUGCAAACUGAAUUGGUAGCUCUAAGGGAUCUGCAGAGAGAGACGAUAGCUCGAAGGCCGCUGCGGAAGGCACGCGUACGUCGCGACGUGGCGCCCGCGGGCGACGCCACAGACUCAGAAUACUUCACAGACUGCCAGUCUUUGAUAGGCACAGAUAUUGAAAUGGACAGUGAAGAAUUCUACGACGUGCCUUCCGACGAAGAUGACUCUACACUGCGGGAGUCUGUGAGCAAUGGAAUAGCUGCUAUUGACGACCUUGACGAUUCAACAGAAAAAAAGAUUGAAGACACAAAAGCGAAAGUCAACAGCACAUAGCUGUAUGCAGAUCAAUUUACUAGGGUACUUGUCAAGUCUGAUAUAUAGAAUUGGGAUUAUGGUAAGGGACGGACAUAAUAUUAGAUGUAUGAAAAUGUAUUCGUGAGUUAUUGACAUAUUUUUAUAUAUGACGCUAGAAGUAUUUAAUAUUCACUCUGAUGCUAAGUCAUUAGUUCAUUACCAAAGAGUGGUUCAUAAGACCCGAGUUUUUUUAAACAGUAUAAGUGUAGGUCGCGCCCAAUUUUU